ACAGCAGACCUCCCCAGCUAACUUCAGGACGAACACACAACAUUUGCCACCGUGUACCGCGUGCCUGUAUCUCUGUCAGCGAGAAAGGAUCAAGGAAAGGGUGUAGUGUUAAUUCGGCGGCCCCCUCUAAAUCCUUCACCACCAUUUACGUGCUAGCCAGUGGAAGUGAGCAGUUUGAAAUAGUUACUGCGUGCCCCAGUUGACGACGCCGAGUGAAGUACAGGCCAGUGCAGUAAAGAGACCAGUGGCCACGUAUUAACUUUCCAUCAUGUCUCUAUACGGUGGCAAUUGUUGCGGUUGUUUGUCCUGUUAAGGGGACACUUUUUGGCAUCUUUUCUUGUGUAUCUUGCUAACGGCGUUAUGGCACCAGCAGCACAGAAUACGCCCAACAACACACGGGCUCGGCAACAGCGGCGAAACAAGAACAUGAAGCCUCCAAGCAGCCGCACUACUAAACUGGGCAGCAGAACAGUAGCAGCGACAGCAGCAGCGCCAGCAACAGUAUCCACCAUCCACCGCCAGCGGACAUCCGAGUUAGUAGUGCCGAACGCGCGAGCCGCACCGGCCACAGCACCGAUCGCCGCCAUCGUGCGGGUGGAAGAACACCAGCUGCAGCAGCAGCAGCAGUAUCAUUCGGUCACACUGGAACCGUACCAUCACCAUUUUCGGCCCUUCCACCAACGGAAGCGACCCGUUCCGAUCCGUUUAUCCGGAACGCACUCCGCAGCACUCUAGCAGGUCACGCCAAGCCUGGUCCGGAGCUAAGUCAAGCCAAAAAGACACACAAAGAGACAGAACGAAAGGGGGAAACAGUGAACCACCGAUAGCGCGUGUGUGAUUCUAGUGUCUGUGUCUGUGUGGCGUACGCCCUAGUGUUGACCAAGUUUUUGUAGAACUUUGUUUUAAAGCCAGCCGCCCUUAAGCUCAAGGUCACGGACACGCGGAAACUCAUCGGCCGCGAAUGCACCAGCGUCGCGAAUCGUACGGAAAACGGAUCGCCACGCGAAUCUCGCUCUAGUGUGUCCACCUGGCGGCAUCACCGACGCGCGAUCACCAACGCGAUCGGUGAGAGACGGUUUAGCAUCAGCGAUUUGCGGAUUCGAUUUGCACACGCGAUCACGCGCCAACCGGGUGUGUAGAUUACGUCCUUUUUUUGUCCUCCGAUCUCUCUCGCUCUCGCGUGUCAUCCUUUUUCGUUCCGCUAGUGGCAAAAGUGUGUCGGCGAAAAAUUGCGUCUCGCGAUCGCCCCCCGCGAAAUUCCUCUCUCACUCUCUCUCUCUCUCUCGACUGUAGCAUCGGCCUAGUGUCCGCGUCCACGCUUGAUAUUUACAAAACAAACUCAAAACAAAAGAAAGGGUAGCAAACAAGCAACGAGAAGAGGUCGGAGAGGCAACGCACAAGAACGAAUCCCGGUCAGCAGCGCGGCCAGAUGGAUGGGAGAGAACGAAUGGCGCCGGCCGCCAACGGCCAGCGAACGCCGGAUGUGUGGGUAUUCGGCUACGGAUCGCUCUGCUGGUAUCCGGGCUUCGAGUACUCCGACUGCAUUACCGGCUACAUCCGUGGGUAUGUCCGGCGGUUCUGGCAAGCCAACGUGACCCACCGUGGUACCAAGGAACAGCCCGGUCGCGUGGCUACUUUGAUCGAAGACAAAGAGGGAAUCACUUGGGGAUGCGCAUUUAAGGUGACGGGCGCGGAUGCGUUGGAGUACCUCGGCCAGCGAGAAUGCACACUCGGUGGUUACGCGACGAAGUACAUCAAAUUCUAUCCCCGGAUCGCCAGCGAACAAUCGGGCAUCAGUGGGGAAGCGUUCGCAACGCUCGUCUACAUCGCUACACCAAAGAACGAGUACUGGAUCGGGGAGGAACCGCUGCUCGUAACGGCCCGCCAGAUCGUCGAAUCGCGCGGUCCGAGCGGACACAAUGUCGAGUAUCUUAUCCGAUUGGCGAUGUUCAUGCGGGACGAGCUGCCCGGUGCAUCUGAUGAGCAUUUGUUCGAGCUGGAGAGUCUCGUGCGACGGUUCGUGGCCGAGGCGGAGCUGAGCGUGGACCAGCUGCUGAUGAUGGGCAACACACCGUUGCGCCGGAUCCGCCGUGAUACCCACGAGGAGGUGCGACGUCACGUUACCUUCGAAUACACCUCACGCGUACCCGAUACCAAGCUGCGUUGCUUGCACAUUUAGGAUUACACCCCGUCUCCGUGCUUCAGUCUACAAUUGACAUUCUAUCUCCUGAACCGGCGUCGUGUGCCAAACGGGCAAAAGCAUCUUACUUCACUUCCUAACUAUAUAUUAAGGCUUCGAAAGCAACGUCGACACUAGAAAGCAGCAAUAGCAUCCUCCAUAUGACAACAAAUGUUUUAUGUUUUAUGUUUUAAUGAAAUAUAAAGUCUUAUCGAUUUA